AGCGCGGCGGGUCCACAGAUGAGGGGAGUCGAGUCUCAGGCGCCCCAACAUCCCUAGCGGAGCUGCCGCAGAACCAUUUGUUCUGAGCCUUGACUGCCAAUAAAGUUCGUCAAAAAAUCAUAGUUAUUUCUAAAAGAGCGAAAAAGGGCGCGAGCCAUCUGGGCGGACCGCCGGGGUAGCUGGAUCGCUAGGAGGAGGAGGUGACGGCAGCAGCGGUUGCGCCGCGACCAAGAGGAGCCGGUCGCACCGGGCAGCCGGUCGGUCGGUCGGCGGCCGGCGGGGGACGAUUUGAGAAAGAAGAUCUGAUCACCUGGAAUUAAAGUUGGUACAGAAACCGUUUAAACUCCCAAAAUGUUGGAGGAAGAUAUGGAAGUGGCCAUCAAGAUGGUGGUUGUUGGGAAUGGAGCUGUUGGAAAAUCAAGCAUGAUUCAGCGAUAUUGCAAAGGCAUUUUUACAAAAGACUACAAGAAAACCAUUGGAGUAGACUUUUUGGAGCGACAAGUCCAAGUUAAUGACGAAGAUGUCAGACUAAUGUUAUGGGAUACGGCAGGUCAAGAGGAAUUUGAUGCAAUAACAAAGGCCUACUAUAGAGGAGCCCAGGCUUGUGUGCUUGUAUUUUCCACCACAGACAGGGAAUCUUUUGAAGCAAUUUCCAGUUGGAGAGAGAAAGUAGUAGCUGAAGUUGGAGAUAUACCAACUGUACUUGUACAAAACAAGAUUGAUCUCUUGGAUGAUUCUUGUAUAAAGAAUGAGGAAGCUGAAGCACUGGCAAAAAAGCUAAAGCUAAGAUUCUACAGAACAUCGGUGAAAGAAGAUUUAAAUGUGAAUGAAGUUUUUAAAUAUUUGGCAGAAAAAUAUCUUCAAAAACUCAAACAACAAAUAGCUGAGGAUCCAGAAUUAAUGCAUUCAAGUAGUAACAAAAUUGGUGUCUUUAAUACAUCUGGUGGAAGUCACUUGGGUCAGAAUUCAAGUACCCUUAAUGGUGGAGAUGUCAUCAAUCUUAGACCCAACAAACAGAGGACCAAGAAAAACAGAAAUCCUUUUAGCAGCUGCAGCAUACCUUAACAUGCUUUAGGGAGGGAAAAAUUUGAAUUAUAUUGUGCAAUUCAGUAAGAACAACAUCCAGCUGUUGUGAUAUGUUACAAGUUUCUUAGCAGACUUUGCACCUAACGGUUCUCUGAAAGUUGAACAGACUUAAAUAUUAUUCCGCAGUGCUCUUCAGAAUGGAGUGAGAUCUUUGGUGGACAAAUUAGUGCCCUGUGGACUCAUUUUAAUUUUUUUACAUUAGACGAAGCUUCUGUUUUUGAUGAAAUGCUGUAAGAAAUGUCAAAAACAGGUUUUGCUGAAUUUUAAAUGCUGGAAAACAUAAAUGAAAUAUAUUGCUACAGAUUUUAAUACUAUGGGUCAAGGAAAGAUAGCAAGCGUUCUUUUUCUGAAAUCGGUCAUCUAGCUUUUCUGGAAAAAAUACUGAACCCAAAUACUUACAAAAAAGUAAUAUUGAAAGGUAAACCCUUGUCAGAUUGCAUUCGUAUGUAUUUUGGCAAUGUUACUUGUGCAAUAGCUGUAGCAUGUGGAAUGUGGAGGUAUACAUGCAGAUAAUCUGGUACUGAAUUAAGCUGACGGUGUGUACAGUAUUUAAGGAAACAAAGAAUCUAAUUAAUUCAUUCAUAGAACCAUUUACGAAUUGUAUGUUAAAAGUUUUUGUUUUCAAAUAAGAAAUUCAAGACAUAUUUUGCAAAAGAGCUUGGAUUUAAAAAGUGCUUUGUGCCAAAAAUAUCAUAUCUAAUUUUUACAGUGCUUUACUAUCAAAAUUUAUAUUUGUUUAUAAUCUUUUAAAAGUAGUUAUCCUCUCUGAUAGGGUAGAGAAAAGAGGAGUACAAAUGUUUUAAUGCUCGAGCAUCUCCCAGGUGAGACUUGUUGCAGAAUAGUUUUCAUAUGUCCAUUCCUAAGCAUGGUGAGCUUGCGCUGGCCAAGCCUUAAGCAGAUACAGGGCACUUCCGCAGCUACCCCUCAGGGCCUGUGAAGUGCCCUGGGGCAUCACGCUCUUUUUGCUGCUGACCAAAAAUGCAAUUUUGACCUUUUAGGAUUAUGCUAACAAUUUUUUUAAAUGCACACGUGAUGAUCUUUUGUCAUAAUCCACAUUAAGGAUUUUAUAGUGUCCUGUAACUGUAAAGCAUCUUUUUGUUUACACAUUUUUGUAUGGUAUUUUAAGAUUAUCACUUAAAAAUUUCUAUAACCUUCUGUCUGUAUAGCACUUUCUCAAGACCUGUCAGGACCAAAUACAAAAUAAUUUCUUUUAUGAAAUGAUUUUACUAUGUCAUCAUGUGGCAGAGCAUAAAUUUUGUGACUGGGGCAGUAGCUUUCUGAUUAAGACAAUGGCAUGAACUCUGUUAAAACCGAUCAUCGUUUAUCAAUGACUUUGUUUUUAACCCCUUGCAAUAUACCUGGUUUUUAUAGGAUUUCAAAAUAUGUAAAAAUAACUUUUCUUGGAAAAUGUGUCAUAAAGUCCUUUUUCAUGAUUUGUACUAAAUGCAUAAUGUUUUAUAUAUUCCUUUUGUAUGUUUUUUCUUUUUUUCCCUAAGUCUUCCAUCUGUACCACUCUCAUCCCCCGUCCAGAUUAAUGUUAAGAACCUAAAAGAA